GCGCGACGGGUGUGUAAUGCGCGCGUAGAACGUAUCGAGCAUGGAGUCCGCCGUGGACUCAGCGUCGACUGCGAGCGAAGUCAGCGGGUCCUCCGGGGGUUCGCCGAGGGUGAAAGCGGCGUCGCCGGCCCGGGCCCUGAGCCCACCGCAGAUGUUGACGCCGCGCCUGCCGCUGCCGCCGCCGGGGCUCGGCCUGCUGGGCUCCCUGCAGAUGAUGCACCACUCGCCGCUGGAGCUGAUGGCGGCCGCGCACCACCACGGCCCGCCGCGGUACGGCAGCCCGCCGCCGAUCUCCACGUCCGACCCCUCCGCCAACGAGUGCAAGCUGGUCGACUACCGCGGACAGAAGGUGGCCGCGUUCAUCAUUCAGGGCGACACGAUGCUCUGCCUGCCCCAGGCUUUCGAACUGUUCUUGAAGCACCUGGUCGGGGGGCUGCACACGGUGUACACGAAACUAAAAAGACUGGACAUAGUGCCGCUGGUGUGCAAUGUGGAACAAGUGCGGAUCCUGCGCGGGCUCGGCGCCAUCCAGCCGGGCGUCAACCGCUGCAAGCUACUCUCCUGCAAGGACUUCGACGUCCUCUACCGGGACUGCACGACGGCAAGGUGCCUGUCAAUGAAAGCGCCCGACAGGUACUUCUCAAGCUCCAGACCGGGCCGACCACCGAAGCGAGCCUCCGGCGUGGGCCUGUCUCUCGCCGCCACGCAGUUCCCCCCGCACCCCUUCAAGAAGCACCGCCUCGAGAACGGGGACUACUCACCUUAUGAAAACGGACACAUGAGCGAAAUGGCACGGAUGGAGAAGUCCCCGCUGCUAGCGAACGGGUACAACGCUCCCCCCACGCACCUCGGCCCCAUGGGGUUCAUGCACCAGCAUGCGCUGAUGUCCCCGGGCAUGCCGCACCCGGGCAUGCCCCGGCCGGACGGCUCCAUCAUUAAAGGACAACCCAUGCACAACAUGGAGGCGCUCGCAAGAUCUGGCAUUUGGGAGAAUUGUAGAGCAGCAUACGAAGACAUCGUCAAACACCUCGAAAGGUUGCGAGACGAAAGAGGCGACAUCGAACGAGUGAUAGCGAUGGACAAGGCGCGAGAGGGAUCUCAUAAUGGCUCGUCACCGGGUCACAGUCCGGUGCUGAACCUAUCGAAGUCGGGUUCAGGCGAGCGCGAGCGCGGCGACCGGGGCGAGGGUUCCGCCAGCGGCCGCAGUUCGGCAGCAUCGCGCCGCACGCCGCAGCCGCCGCGUCUGCCGUCGAACAACGCUGCGGUGUCGCCCCGCUCGCACUCCGACGAGAGCGACGGCGCGCUCUCCGAUCAAGACGACCAUAAUGUCAAAGACGAGGAUGACGGAGCAGACUUGAGCGACAGCGAGCGGGAGCUGCAGAGGAACUCGUCUCCGGCGCAAGUGAGCUACCCGGCGCCCGGCGGAUCCCCCACGUCGGUCCCCGUCGACCCCACAGCCGACACCCUGGUCUCCUCCACUGAGACCCUGCUGAGGAACAUCCAGGGCCUCCUCAAGGUCGCGGCCGACAACGCCCGCCAGCAGGAGAGGCAGAUUAGCUACGAGAAAGCUGAACUCAAAAUGGACGUGUUAAGAGAACGAGAAGGAAAAGACAACUUAGAAAGGCAACUGUUGGACGAACAAAAAAUGCGAGUUAUUUACCAAAAAAGACUAAAGAAAGAACGAAAACAACGACAGCAAAUCCAAGAGCAGCUGGAAAUGGAACUGAAGAGACGACAGAAAAUAGAAGAGGCAUUGAAGCAGUCGGGUGCGCCCGCCGAAAUACUGAGAAUAGUAACAGAGAACCUGACACCAGCGCCACAGGAGAACCGUCCGGAGCGCGAGAACGGCACGGAGAGCAAGCCGCCCAGCGCCGAGCCCCCCACCAGCUCGCCCCCCUUCCCGCGCGACCCCCCGCGCACGCCCGACAAACCGCAGUGGAACUACCCGCCGCCGCCGGUUGACAUCAUGACCAGCGGCGCCGCCUUCUGGCAGAACUAUUCUGAAUCCCUGGCGCAGGAGUUGGAGAUGGAGCGCAAGUCUCGGCAGCAGGCGCUGGAGCGGGACGUGAAGAGCCCGCUGUCGGACCGCGCCGGCUACUACAAGAACUCGGUGCUGUUCAGCUCGGCCACUUAGCUAGGGGGCCCCGGGGCUGCGGACUUCCCCGACAACCACGACGACGACGCCCGAAAACCCAUCAUCAGCGUCAAACCCGAGUUCCGGGAGAAAUGAACUCGAACCGAGUGGAAGCAGGAGGACUCGAGUGAUUUUCAGUUUCGUGUACAUUUACGCAACUUUUAGAUCUCGAUAAGUGUCUAGAGAUUUGUAAAUACUGUUGUUGAAAACGAAGGAUUUCGUCCCGACGCGAGAUCGUUUUUUCUUCCAUAGCAAAAUUUGUACAUAGUUCUUUAUAUUUUUUAGCUUUAAGCGUCGUGAACGUUUCGUCGGCGAUACGCAUUAUUUAUUCGUCAGUAUUUAAUCUUUUUCGAGGCGUAUUAUUCUUAUCGUUAAAUGCCAUAUUUAUGUAAUAACAUUAUCGUUUACGUUUGUACGUUUAUACGAGGCACAGCUAUAAGUUCGUAUCUGUAUCUCCCCAAGAUCACAAUAUUGGAAUUGAUCUAAGACUGUUCUUUGAUUUUCCAAAGACGUAUUUGUAAUACAUUGAACAUUUUUAAUGGCUAGUCGAACUCGAUCGGUACUCAAAAUCCGAGCAAAUAUUUUUUGAUAAUUUCAAUUCGAUAUCGACGAGAUCUCCGCUGUCGAGCGCGCGACGAGGUCUCAAUGAAGAAAUGUGAUCUUAAAUGUCGUGUAAUUUAUUCAGUUUUAGUGCAAUGAUUAGAUGUAAUUAUAGAUUUUAACAUAGUACGAUAGUUAUUUUAAGUUAUUUCGAAAGUAUUUUUUCUGCAUAAUUGACUGAUGAAGUUCACGUACAAUAUAAUUCGAGUUCGAUAUUUUAUCUAUUGUAAUAUAAUCUCAGUAUCCGUGGUUCGGUCGAUGUACGUGUAUGUUAUACUAAGUGCGAUAGAUUAAAGUAAAGUAUAAAAUAGCGUUAUUUAUAUCGCUUAGUUUACGAAGGACUCACGUCUAUAGUUCGAGUAAGCUGUAAGGUAGACGUCGUUUGGCGAGUGCUGCCGGUUCCGGUGGUGGAGCCCCAGGGGCGAUCGCCUGACACGUUUCGUACAUAUUAUCUGUAAUGGGUAAUGUAUUGAAUAAACUUAGUUGUUAUCGUAAAUGUUUAGCUGGAUGACCGUGUGUGAAUGUACAAAGCGCGUGAAUGUGGCCAUUUCAUAUAUUAAACUUUGUUAUUCGAGGAAUGGUGCGAGUGUUUCACAGUUCAAAUUUCGAUUGUAAAUUAUUUCUGUACACUUCAAGUAAUGUAGAGUAAGUUUUCCUUUGUCAAUUAGAUUACGAGGCUUAUAUUUCGACUUGGUUAUUCGUGUACGAUUUAAAGCGACAUUAUUUAUUUCUCUUAUGAUAAAUAUUAUUAUUAUUUUACUUAAA